GAAUACAAGGCGCAAACUGUGUGGUAUGGCAAUGCAAUGACGCGAUCUCAGGAAAGUUGCACAAAAUCAACAGAGAGAAAAGAGAAGACAUGGCGGGUAUGGGAGCACUGGACUUGGGGGUUUCUGUCUUGUUAUGGUUCGAAAGGUUCUGUUGUUUUGCUAAUCAUUUAUUCUUUCUUCCCUUCCCUGGCUUUUGCUGCGGCUUUUUCUCUGCUUUCGAUUUACCCUUUCCUUUUGGUUUUUUUGUUUGUCCAACACUUCGUUCCCCCUUCGGCCAUAAUGGUAUGGCUGUGCGGUGGCGUGGAUACGGCUGGCGCUAUUUGUCUGUGUGCAUUUUGCUUGUCCUCUAUGUUCCCCAUUCCCCAUCCUCCAUCUGAGUGAGAUAGACCCUCUUUGAGCGAGAUACCAAGAUCUAGU